AUGAUCCAACACGACCGCUCUUGCUCUGGCUCUUGCCUCGCCAACCCGCUCUCCCCUCAUCACAUCCACAUCUCCGCCAAGCACAUCCACAUCUGCGCAUCCCUCAGCUUUCCUUCCGCCGACCAAAACGGCAUGCCGUCUAUAGAAGCCAGGCUCAAGUCUGCCAAUGCAAACGCCGACGCUGCAUCCAGCAGGAACGAUCGCAAAUCCGCCGACGCCGUCUUCCUCUCGGCUUCCAGCCUCACCCCGGAACUCAGCCGCGUCAAUUCCACACCGCUCUCAUCAGACGGCAUCGAUGCGCUCAACCUGCAGCCCUCAGCAUCCUCAUCCGCAUCCGCCCAGCUAGCAGACUCGCCAAACGAGCCAUCUCCGCUCACCGUCGCUCCGCCAAAACCUAGUCCCGCCGACACCCUCUAUCCGAGCCCUUCCGGUGGCUUCGUUCCUUCGCCCGAAGAAGGUCAGGACUGGCGCCUCAAACCUCCCCCACCAGGUCGCAACAUCCAAGCCGCGGCCGCAGCCGCAGCCGCUGCCGCUGCAUCCUCAUCUGCCGCCGUCUCAGCACCAUCCACCGCAUCGCCGCAAUCUGCAUCGCCUCGCCCCCUCUCUCCCGUAGCCGAGGGCGUCAUCCGUCCUGUUUCGGGAAUCAGUCCUGCCGCUGCCUCCAACACCUCCACGCCCACGCGCCCGCCAUCGCUCCCUUCGUCCGACCACACUGCCGCAAAGAUCGCAAGCGCGUCCUCACGGCGCAGCUCCCAGGCAUCCACUUCAGUCGCUUCUCCUCAACUCCGACCCGCCUCCGGCUCCACAAGCUCACACCACCGCCUCAGCACUGCAUCCGCCAGCUUGUCGCCCUUGGCGCCAUCCUCGGCAGACGCAGCCGCCGCAGCUUCUCUCAAAGGCACCGACGACGCGCCGCAUGAACCCGCUUCUCCCCAACACCAGCCAGACUCCAGCGCCCGGUCGAGCGUGCAGGCGCACCGCCCGAGCUCGAGUGCCAGCCACCACACUGCCAAGGCCAUGGAUGCGAGCGCCGAGUCGGUGCACAGCAUCAAGGUGCGUGACUUUGCAUUCCCAGUCGACGAUCCGCGCCAUUUCGGCGUCUGGCUCGACGAGCCUGAAGACUCGUCUCAUGCGCACGACGCGGACCAGAGCCAUCAAGAAGACGCCGCCGGCCACGACUUCUACAUCGAGGGUGCCGAGGACGAGAACGAGUUUGACGGAGACGACGGCGACUCCGCCAGCGUGCCCGAGGGCGUCUACAACGUCCUGUACGAAUUCGAGCCCGUCUCGGAACACGAACUCGCCGUGCAGCCCGGCGAUGUCGUCCACGUCGUAGGAUCCAUAGAAGGCGGCUGGGCAAUCGCGAUCAGCAGCCACGACCCGAGCAUAAAAGGCCUCGUGCCUGCAACCUAUCUCGAAUGGUCGGCGCCUCUGCCUGCAUAA